GAACCGAGGAUCCCAGGAGGUGUCACAAAAGCCAUGAAUGGCAUAGGAGGGUCCUGGCUUGGAGGAGGGUUGUUUCGCUUCCUGUCAUCACUUCUCGGAGGUUGUCUCCAAAAAUAUCCCCUGGAGAAGAGAAAGUCGGUAACCACCAACAAUUUACAACUAAGAGGAUGCCGAGCAGCACAGCAGAGGUCUAAAGGUGGAAACAUUUCCCGUCUUGCUACACAAGUGAAAGAACGAGAGCUCAUAACAUUUUCUACCACCUGUCUUCUUUUCCUGCUCCGUUUCUGGUCUUGUGGACAGUUCCUCCUGCUCUCUUCAUCUGCCAAUGAAUACCACCAACUCCACCGAAUGCCCAUCUCAAGAGCUGCAUUCGGCCAUCCCUGCGUUCCUGGGCAUCUUCUCAGUGGGCGGCUUAGUCUUCAAUGCCUUCAGUUUAUGGAUCUUCUGGUUCACUCUCAAGCGCUGGAAUUCUAGCACCAUGCUCCAGUUCAACCUCGCUUUGGUGGACACCAUGAUCCUUCCGGUCACCCCUUUGAUGGUGACCUACUUCAGCAUGGGCAACGACUGGCCGUUCGGGGAGUUCCUCUGCCAGUUCGAAGCCUUCACCCUCAGCACCCACCUCUAUGGCAGCAUCUACUUCUUGAUGCUCAUCAGCAUCCAUCGGUACCAAGUCAUUGUCCAUUACAAAGCCAAGACCUUCUGGAGAAGUAAGUCCUCCUUGAAGAAGCUCAUCAUGGCCUUCUGGGCAAUCCUCCUCCUGCAAGGGCUUCCCAUCUUCUUCUUCCUGAAGACCUCGGUCAUCGACGGCAAGGUGAAGUGCCUCAGUAUCCACCAGUCGGAGCUGUCUUAUGUCUUCUUGUUGUACGGCCUUGUCCUGGGGACCUUCUCCUUCUUCCUUCCCUUCGGCAUCUCCUUGGUCUCCUACAUGAUGCUGGGGUCCUAUAUCGGCAAAAUCAGCCCUGUUAGUCUCCAAGGCCGGGUCAUGAAGACCAAGUCUGUUCAGAUGAUCGUGGUCACCUUCCUGAUUUUCGCCAUCUGCUUCAUGCCGCUCCACGUCUUCCGGACAGCAGGUACCGUCGUGAAAUACUACAGCCAUUCCUGCAGGCUUCUUCACGACAUCGAAGUUGCGUAUUACAUUUCUUUAGUCUUCACCACUGUCAACUGUUGCCUCGACCCCUUCAUCUAUAACUUUGCCAACGAGAGGUUUAACAAAUCCUUCUCGUCCUCCUUAAGAAGAUUGCUGUUUUCUAAAUGAAGGCGAUCCGGUGUUACAACAGCAUUGCAACCUGUCAGAGCCCUAAAAUCUAGAGCAAAGAUCUCUACUCUCCAGAGAAGCUUGUGACCAAAGAAAGGUCCUGUACUUUCAAUCCUUUGCAAACAUAAUUUAAACAGAUUUGAUUAAUUAUCCGUCUGAAUAAUAGUGUUCUCUAGUGUGAUUCUAUGAUCAAUUGGGAGUCGAUCAUAGUGUUGUGCCGGAGGAACGAGAGAUUCCUAAAGCAAUUCUCCUAAAGCGGGUAUGAAUUCAUGCCUACAUCAUGGAAAAAGGGGACACAGAUAUACAGUAGAGUCUCACUUAUCCAACAUAAACGGGCCGGCAGAAUGUUGGAUAAGCGAAUAUGUUGGAUAAUAAGGAGGGGUUAAGGUAAAGCCUAUUAAACAUCAAAUUAGGUUAUGAUUUUACAAAUUAAGCACCCAAACAUCAUGUUAUACAACAAAUUUGACAGAAAAAGUAGUUCAAUAAGCAGUAAUGCUAUGUAGUAAUUACUGUAUUUACGAAUUUAGCACCAAAAUAUCACGAUGUAUUGGAAACAUUGACUACAAAAAUGCGUUGGAUAAUCCAGAACGUUGGAUAAGCGAGUGUUGGAUAAGUGAGACUCUACUGUAUAUCUUUGGCCAGUGUUAUUGUAAAAGUAUCUACAGUAGAGUCUCACUAACCCAAGCCUCGCUUAUCCAAGGUUCUGGAUUAUCCAACGCAUUUUUGUAGUCAAUGUUUCCAAUACAUCGUGAUAUUUUGGUGCAAAAUUCGUAAAUACAGUAAUUGCUACAUAGCAUUACAGUGUAUUGAACUACUUUUUCUGCCAAAUUUGUUGUUUUGGUGCUUAAUUUGUAAAAUCAUAACCUAAUUUAAUUUUAAGGCUUUUCCUUAAUCUCUCCUUAUUAUCCAGCAUAUUUGCUUAUGCAACGUUCUGCCGGCCUGUUUACGUUAGAUAAGCGAGACUCUACUGUAUCUAUAAAUUUAGCCUCUUUUCCGUCAUAAGGAAACCAGACGCGGGUGAAAUCAAAAGUGACUCUGAACUACAAUUUGAAGGAGACCUUCCAGUAUUUUCUGAGACGGUACACAAUUUGUUUGCUCACCUUUGUAACUCUUCUGAUUGUGUUGUAUCACAUGAGCAUAUUGUUGGUUUUAAAUAAAAAUUUGGCU